GACUUUGAUUCAGGACCUUGAGCGACAGCAUGCUAUAACUGAAGCAGACAAUCGAAGUCUCCGCCAACGACUUCAUGAAACUCAAUCGCGCCUCUCCAUCCUCGAAGGUGAACUAUCUCGCCUCCGCCCCUUGCUUCUCAUGCAACCGCUCGCAUUAAAUGGGCCUGCCACACUGAAUGAAGCGCCAAGGGCUCGGCCACGCCGGCGGAGAAAGAAAGAUCCACUAACCACGGAAGACGAGGACCCUGGUCCUGAUCCUUCUGACGAUGAUCAUCCAGGGGAGCCUGAAGAUACGCCUACAACCACGCCAAAGCAGAAAAAUCGUACAGCAGCAGCAACUGUCCAGCCGCAUGCUCCCAAACGCCGUCACUCUCAAAGGCGUGCUCCGCGAGUUCUGACUGCAGAUGCAAGAACAGAGCACUUGCUGCUAGCGGCAAAGAAAAUAGGCAAACACCGUGCCGGAAUUAUGGCUGGCCUCACACAGUCUCUAGAUAAGCGGCGGGAGGAAUCAACUUCUACCGUUGUUGUUACCCCCAAGACACCAAAGCGCACGGCAGCUAUCCCCCCUGGGCCAGGGUACGUCUAUCUCAAUAGUCCUAUGCGCCCAGGUGCUGUGCCGGUGCUUGUUCCUGCAUAUUCGCACCACCUGCUCAAAACCCCAAGCUCUUCUAAGACAGCGGCUUCAGCAUCUUCCUCCACCCACCAACAGAAGCAGCAGGGUGCGCGGAUCCAGAACCCACCAACGCCUUUGGACUCUCUUUUAAGUGCAGCAAGGUCGAUGAUGGAUAAUGAGGAAGAUGAGGAAGAGACUGCCACCGGCACAAGGCGUUCGCGGUCAAGCGACAUCCCUGACAGCCCUAUACCGAAACGCAGGAAAAUCGUCGCUCGGGACAAGGUCAGUGCGCUCAGAGACCAAGCAAGAGAUCAAGGUGCAGGACAGCCAAGCAGUAGCUCGGCUGGCUCCAAUUCAACUGCUAUUGGCAGGGUUAGAUCAGGGCUGGACGUACUAGCUGAUCAGGCUGCCGCAUUCUCUUCGCAAGAUCAACAAAGUCAUUUAGAACCUCAGUCACUGGCAAAGGGUAAAGGAAAGGAGAAGGCGCUCACCAUUCCUGACAAAUCUUCCGACAAUCAACUGAGAGCGAAAAGCAAGUCGAAGAAGAAGCAGCCCCUGCCUGACGUUGCCUCCCAGCCUCCUCGGUCCCGCCGCCCCUCGCCAUUGCCUCGAGGAAAUGCAGUUGACUGGGGUUCCGGACCGCCAAAUCUUCGUCCAGUCCAAUGGACCGAGGGGCCUAUCCAAGAUUCGUCCGGGAAUAACGGUUCUGCCAGUGAGAUUACGAUAGCUGCAACAGCUGCCUCUUCUCAGUCUAUGACAAUAUCCCCUACCCCUCCGCGAUCCGAGCCGGCUGAUCAAGUGAUGCGUGAUCGUCCCAGCAGCGUGGCCACACCACCGCCAACACCUCCCGCCGAACACACUCCCGAACCCAGCAUGGAUGCGCCCCCCAGCCAGUCCGCCUUUAUUGAUCCAUUCCUUGUACCUCCUUCUCCUGAGCGUGAAAGCUCCCCAGCUACAGAAGCUGUAGCACCGUCGUCUGCACUACACCAGCGAGCAGUCACGACCCCGAUCAGUAGCAGUUGGGGAGAUGCCCCGUCGGAUUUGCAAGCACAUCUGCGACAUGAGACAGCUCCUGGGAACACCGACGCCGGAAGCGCUGAUUCGAUCGCUGAUAAUACCGAAUUAAGUUCUGGUCCUGCAACUGAAUCGGGAUCUGUCGCGAUCACGAAGAACAAAGAGGUCACCAGGGUUGUGGGCCAAGAUGUCCCCAAGAGGCAGCGAAGUCCUUACGUCAAGUGGAGCAAGGAGGAGGAUGAUCUACUUGCUCAGGCCGUCGCAAAAUACGGACAGAAGUGGGACUUGGUCCAGAAAGCGUUGCCAUCGAGGGGGUAUCACCAGGUUCGACAGCGAUGGCUUCGUAAGCUAGGAGUCUUCGACAGCAAACCAGACUUGUCUGCCUUCCAAACUGGUAGUUUUUCAUCUGGCUCGCGUUUAGGGGAGACGCCGGGAUCACCCGUUCCUGCUGAACCUCCUCCGAACCCGAAGCUGGGACUUGCUCCGUUGAGUAGCGAACUUGCUUUUUCGUCGUUUUUAUCUGGGAGGGGGGAGAGUCGACCAUCGUAGCAAAAUUGUCGCUAUCUUGAU